AAAACUCUAAUAUUAUUCAUAGAGUUACAGGCUAAUGAAUUUAAUUCACAUAAACUCAUGUCCUGUAAAUAUGCAAACCGAAAUCGAUAAAUUUAAGCUGUAAACUACCUAAGCAGUUGAAUCGUGACAAAACAUCAUAAAACGGAAAUAUAAACAAAAAUCCUUGAACUGGAUCAAAAUUAAUAAACAAUUUUCAGACACCACUCGGUAGUGCAUGCUUCUACUUUCAUAUAUGAUAUGGCUGCCAUUGCAGUCAGGGUUUCGAUUCUGAAAGGUGGGGGAAUUAAUGAAUGAAAGUAAAGGCGAGCAAGGAAUGGAAGCAGCUUGUAAUACAGUUCAGAGAAGAUCCAUGGCCUUUUAGAUGUUGAGAAUAAGGGAGAUUAGAGAAGAUGUUGAGGACUUGCUGUCAGAGGCUUUUCUACCCACCAAUUCCGUUGCCGCCUCCACUUAUUACAAUUACCAGAGCAUUUCUGUCAUCCUCGCCUUUGAAUGCCCAACUGAAAGAAGGGGACACGUUGAGGAAAGAAAGGGGUUUUACUCAUCAAGAAGUAGUCAAAUAUUCACAGCUUAGCCAGGACAGCAAUCCCAUUCACUUGGAUUCAGCACAGGCUCGAGAGGCAGGCUUCAAAGAUACAGUUGUUCAUGGAAUGCUCUAUGCUGGUCUAUUCCCCUCUAUAAUAGCUUCCCACUUUCCAGGGGCAAUUUAUGUAUCCCAAACAUUGCAGUUUAAGGCUCCUGUUUGCAUUGAGGACAAACUACUUGCUGAAGUUCAGGCAUUAGAACUGAGGGAACAUAGAAAAAAAUACAGAGUGAGGUUUGCAACCAAAUGCUUUAUAAAGGAAGGGAUGCUUCUUGUCCUUGAUGGUGAAGCUGUAGCUCUGUUGCCAAAUUUAGAUUAUGCAGGGUGAGAUGGACUUUCACACCAAAAUUUGAAUCUCAAAUGUAUUUUCUGAUCCAUUAACUAAGCAAAGGACCUCCAGAUGUAGUAGGCUAUGACAGGCUGGUGAUUGGGUCUAGAGAUGUUAACACAUUAUGUAAUUUAGAGGAGAAUAUCAUUGUACUUGUCUUCAUCUCAUUGCAGUUAUAUACACGAUUAAUUAUUCCAUUUAAUUUA